AUGAUGCUUUUCAGCAUGUCUUUAGCUGGACCAGCUCUAGACUGGGCACAACAUGAACCGCUUUCUCCAAUCGAGUCAUGGAUCGAUUUUAGAGAAGCAUUCUUGGAGAGAUUUGCAAGGAGACCACCUUUCAAGUCUAAGUACAACCACUACUCUUAUCACAUCGAAGUGGAGCGUGAUAAAGAAGAAUGGGGAGGCAUACAACCUCAUCCCGAGAUCAUGAAUGAAGAACUAUAUAAACAUGUGGAGAGAGACCCUUUCCAUGAUUUUACUUCAGAGUGUGCAAAGGAGCAUCUAUACAACUUUGAGCAACUUUGCAACUACUAUGAUCUUGGAGACAACCCCAAGAAGAUACAAUUGUUCCAACUAUCACUAGCUGGACGAGCUCAAGAAUGGGUGAACUUCAAUGCCCAACACGCUUUCAGAACUUGGAAUAGGUACAAGGAAGCUUUCCUUUACAGAUUUGCAAGAGGUCCGAUCUAUGUUCCGCCACCCCGCCCCAGCUAUUCACAACACCGUCCAUCGUGA